ACGCACUUCCGGCGUGAUGGCGGCGUGGUGGAGCUUUAGGUGAUGUGUGAAGACAGAGAGAAACGUGUCAAGGAGCUCAGGCCAUUGAGUACUUAUUACUUGAAUGAAUUUGAGGAAUCCGGUUUAUUGUAUCAGCUGACAGCAGAAAAUGAAAAGUAGUAUGGCACACAUGAAACACUCCUCAGGUCAUGACAGAAGGGAGAGCCACAAUUCACACCGCCGGAGCUCCUCACCAGAAUACAGACAUGAAGAACAAGAACGCUCUCCCCGGGGUAGAGACUACUCUGAUUACAGCCACUCAGACCACGAGCGCUCCAGAAGAGGGUACGAUGACAGCGUGGACUCACGAAGUAGGAACCGAGAAAAACGCAGAGAGAGAGAAAGAGAUUCGGAUCGGAAACGGUCCCGGAAAUCCCCAUCCCCUGGAAGAAGGAGCCCGGAACGAGCAGGAAAGCAGAGUUCUACUCAGGAGGAGCCUUCCCUGAAGAAGAAGAAGGAGGAGCUGGACCCGCUGCUCACCCGCACCGGGGGAGCAUACAUUCCUCCCGCCAAGCUCAGGAUGAUGCAGGAGCAGAUCACAGAUAAAAACAGCUUAGCAUACCAGAGGAUGAGCUGGGAGGCCCUGAAGAAAUCAAUCAAUGGUCUCAUCAACAAGGUCAACAUCUCCAAUAUAAAAAUUAUUAUCCAAGAGCUCCUUCAGGAAAACAUAGUCAGAGGGAGAGGGUUACUGUCCAGAUCUGUUCUGCAAGCUCAGAGUGCUUCUCCAAUCUUCACCCAUGUUUAUGCAGCUCUUGUGGCAAUAAUCAACUCAAAAUUCCCACAAAUUGGAGAAUUAAUCCUCAAAAGACUAAUUCUUAAUUUUCGGAAAGGAUAUCGAAGGAAUGAUAAGCAACUUUGCCUGACUGCUUCAAAAUUUGUAGCACAUCUUAUUAACCAAAAUGUGGCACAUGAGGUUCUGUGCCUGGAGAUGCUCACGUUGCUGCUGGAGAGACCAACAGAUGACAGUGUCGAGGUAGCUAUUGGUUUCCUCAAGGAGUGUGGCCUCAAACUAACCCAGGUGUCGCCAAGAGGAAUCAAUGCUAUCUUUGAACGCCUCCGAAACAUUCUUCAUGAGUCUGAAAUCGACAAACGAGUCCAGUACAUGAUUGAAGUUAUGUUUGCUGUAAGGAAGGAUGGAUUCAAGGACCACCCUGUGAUUCCAGAAGGACUUGAUUUAGUGGAAGAGGAUGAUCAGUUUACACAUAUGCUCCCUUUGGAGGAUGACUACAAUCCAGAAGAUGUUCUCAAUGUUUUCAAGAUGGAUCCUAAUUUUAUGGAGAAUGAAGAGAAGUACAAGGCUAUUAAAAAAGAAAUUCUUGAUGAAGGAGACAGUGAUUCAAACUCAGACCAAGAAGCUGGAAGUAGUGAAGAUGAGGAAGAGGAAGAGGACGAAGAAGAAGGAGAAGAAGAGGAGGGAGGACAAAAAUUAACAAUUCAUGACAAGACAGAAAUCAACCUAGUCUCGUUUCGCCGUACAAUAUAUCUUGCUAUUCAGUCAAGUCUAGAUUUUGAAGAAUGUGCACACAAGUUGCUGAAAAUGGAGUUUGCUGAGAGCCAAACAAAAGAGCUCUGCAACAUGAUACUUGACUGCUGUGCCCAGCAAAGGACCUAUGAAAAGUUCUUCGGCUUGUUAGCUGGGCGGUUUUGCAUGCUGAAAAAAGAAUAUAUGGAAUCAUUUGAAGGCAUAUUCAAAGAACAGUAUGAUACCAUCCAUCGCUUAGAGACAAACAAAUUGAGAAAUGUUGCUAAGAUGUUCGCUCACCUUUUAUACACGGAUUCACUUCCAUGGAGUGUUCUUGAAUGUAUAAAGCUGAGUGAAGAGACCACUACAUCAUCUAGCAGAAUUUUUGUCAAAAUCUUUUUCCAGGAACUGUGUGAAUACAUGGGUCUUCCUAAGCUGAAUGCGAGGUUAAAGGAUGAAACUCUUCAGCCAUUCUUUGAAGGACUGCUACCCCGAGACAACCCACGGAAUACCCGGUUUGCCAUCAACUUCUUCACUUCCAUAGGCCUCGGAGGCUUAACGGAUGAACUUCGGGAACAUCUGAAGAACACGCCCAAGGUCAUCGUAGCACAGAAGCCAGACGCUGAGCAAAAGAAACCCUCCCUGACUUCUUCAUCUUCAGAGUCGUCCUCAGAGUCGGAUUCUUCUGACUCAGAUUCCGACAGCAGUGAGAGCAGCUCCGCGUCCUCCAGUGAAGGGAGCGAGUCUUCAUCUGCCAGCAGUGAGAGCUCUGCCUCAGCUCAAGGUGCAAGAAAAAAGAGACAAUGGAAGGCCAGAAACGAAGAGGUAGAUAAAUCAACCAGGGGCCACCAGACACGUGACAAGAGGCGAGAAGGAGGCAGGGAGGAACAAAGGCACCAGGAAGGACGGACUGAGAGAGCGAGGUCUGAAAGACACAGAGCUCAAAACUCACGAGAUCCAGACUGGAGAGAUCCCUCGGCCAAGUACAUGGCGGACAGAAGCCAAGAAAAUAGUCACAGUAGAGUUGGGAAUGGCCGGCACCAAGAUGAACACAGAGAGCUGGAGGACAAGCGUGGUGAGCCAAAGAAGAAGCGGCGGGAGAGGAGAGCCUCUUUUUCUGACAAUGAGAAGCAAAGAACCCGAAACCAGGACAGUGAAAAUGUUAGAAGAAAAGAUCGCUCCAAGUCAAGGGAAAGGAGAAGACAUUCAGGUCAUAAAAGUGAUGACGACAGGUAUCAGAACGGUGCUGAGAGACGGGAAAAAUCUAGCAGACACUCUGAACAUUCUAGAGAAUCAAAGAGAAACCAGGACCAGAGGAGAGAGAAGUCUCCAGCGAAGCAAAAAUAGUUCUAACUACAACUGAACAUGCCUUAUACUCAGCUCCAACGUCUUUUUUACAUUGGUGGAUUUUAUAGAGAACUCUUGUAUAAAGUACCCGUUUGUAAAUUUUAAAGGUGUUUCUUUUUGACAUGUUUUAUAAUUAAUACGUCUCAAGAUCCUUUGUGUAAAAUCAUAAAGAAAAGGGUCUCAACAGUGGGGUAAGUCUUAUGUUUUGUGAAUAAAAGGAACAAAUGUUCAUUGAGUCAA